UUCAGAUUCUACUGUCACUACUACUCUUUAAUGAACAGUUGUAACCGUCCUGCGCGGGUUUUCUCCCCCCUUAGCGGGUGGAGGUUCUGGUGAUGGGGGAAUUGGGGAGGGGGUGAUGCCCUCCUCUGGUCCUUGUUACCCGGCUCCUGCAAGCCUGACCCAGCCUUCAUCCUUCCCGCCAUGCCGACCCGACAGAAGCAACUCAUUUUCUCCCUCUGCGGGGUCUUCGGCUUCUCCUGCGCCCUUACGGCCGCGGUGGCCACCGGGCUGCCGUUCUGGCUCAACGGGACCGUGCUGUGCCGGACCGGGGCCGACCUGGUUAAUGCCACCGGACCCGAGCUGGACAAGUUCUUGGGAGACCUGAGCUACGGACUCUUCCACGGACAGAGAGUGAAACAGUGCGGACUGGGAGGGAGACCGUCCAGGUUCUCAUUAUUCACAGACCUGCUGAGUGCAAUCCCAGCAGGCAUCCACAUCACCGUCAUCUUCUUCUGUUGUGUUGUGAUCCUCUUCUCCUCUGUGGCCUCCGGCUUCUUCUUCUUCAACGCCUUUGGAAGACCCUAUGAAACGCUGCAAGGCCCCAUGGGACUUUAUCUGUGGACCUUCAUCUGCUGUCUGUGCAGCUUUCUAGUGAUGAUCCUGUUUGCGUCUGAGGUGAAGCUCCAUCACCUCUCGGACCGAAUCGCCAAUUUUAACGAGGACAACUUCGUCUACCAGACGUACAGUGAGAGCUACGACCAAUCCUUCUGGCUCUUCUUCCUCAUCUUCCUCCUCCACGGACUCAACAUCCUGCUGAUCAGACUGGCAGGAUUCCAGUUUCCCUUCCAGGAAACCAAAGAGCUGGACCUGAGUGGGGGGGCAGCUGACCUCAUGUACUGAGGAAACCUGAAACAAACUGGAGCUGAACCUGGGCUCGUAUUCACAAAGUAUCUUAAGGCUAAAAAUAGCUCCUAACUUCUCGAUUUAGGAGAAACUCCUAAAAGUAAUGGGCAUGUUUUAUGACUCUUCAUUUUAAUGAAGACUAAGACUAAUUCACAAAGCCACUUAGCGCUAAAAGUAGCACCUAAGUCUGGGAAAAGUUAGAAGUAGUGGAGAGGACUCCUAACUCACUAAGAUCGAAUCAUAAAGAAUCUUAAAGAGCUGAUGUCAUUCCACGCUGCAGUGUUUUGGAAACCUUAAACGAUGCUGAAUUACUGAAUGAAGAUACAACUCAACCAGGAGGGAAAAAUGAUCGUUGUGGAGUUUGUAAAGGAUGCAAUAACAUCUCUUACCAACUGAAACAACCCGAUCAGCACGGAAAUUAAGUGUUACUGCUGCUACUUGGCAACAGAGAAAACGCAACUUUACAAUGCUGACAGGUGGAGAUCUCUCAGCCGUCUGUUCACCAAACAAUAAAUGUGUCUGUAGACUCAACAUCAUCGGACAGUUCAUACCAUUUCCUUUAGAUGUUCAACAACUACAGAGAAAUAAAGCAGCUUCAUGGCAAUUGCCGGUCUACCCGCUGUGUGUCUGCACCAUCACAGUGUCCAGGAUCUACACACGAGUCAUGGAUCUGAAUGGAGAGUGACCUGAUCAGCUGUUUGAAAGGAUCAUAUUCCAGCUGGAUGUCACCUGGUGGGACAGUGGAAAUCUUCUCACACCUCAACCCACAGCUACAUUACAACACUACGCUACAACAGACUGUGGUUAAUAGGCUGCCAGUUAGCUUUAGUUAGGUCAACUAUGACAGGUGAGGUUUUUCUUUUAUUUUUCCAUUGAGUGAAUUGGUUUUAUAGUAAAAUUUUAUUCUCCUGGGUCGACACAGACGUUAUCAUACAGAUGCAUUUAAAAGAAUGCACUACUUUUGUAAACAGCAUCUAAUCCGUUAUUAUUUCAUUUGUAUUUGUUUAUUUCUCAGUGUUUUUUUUAUUAUUACUGUGGGAUGUUGCGCCGGCACAGACUGGUCUCUCAUCAACCAAUCACUGUAGUUCCUGCAAGCGAGUUUGUUCAUGAGAACUGAAGUCAGCCAGGAGUUUUGACUUUUCCUUACUAAAAGCUUUGUGAAGAGGUCUUAGGAGAAAACCUUUAGUAAGAAACUUUUAGUGUGUCUUAGGAGUGCUCUUAGUGGUAAGAUAAAAAGCUUUGUGACUACGGACCCUGGUCUGGAUCUGGUCUGUUGUCACGUAGUGAGAGGAUCAGUCCAAACGCUGCAACUAACACUGAUAAUGAUUAAACCUUUAGUCUGUAAAAUGUCAGAAUAAAGAAAAAUGUCCGACUGGACUUCUUAGGGCCCCAAAGGUCCCAGGUUUCCUCCAUAUCAGUUGGGUCUACAUAAUUCGAAUCAUCAUUAAUCAAUUAGACAUUUCAUGUUGGGUCCUCAAUGUUGUGAUUAUGUGCUGGGACUGUCAGAAUUUUGUUGACCUGAUGUCAAGUUUAGUUUUAUCAGAUUGUUUAUCAGUUGUUGAAUUUUUCUGUGUCAGUGAUGAACAGACAGAAAAAUAUUUUAUUCCAUUACAGAAGAACUGUCAAUGUUUUUUCUUUAAUAAUCAAUUGAUUGAUCAGUGAAUAAAAUUAUUCCCUGAAAUGAACAUGAUCUAAUGUCUGGUUCAGUCGUGUUGAGUUCACUGUCAGAGAAAAGCAGAAAAUAUUCACCUGAGAAAAUUAAUUUAAUGAUUAGUCGAUUAUCAAGUUUUUUGCCAAUUUUCUGUCAAUUGAUUAAUCAACUAAUCUGGAACGCUGGCUGGUUUCAGUUUCUGGAGAAACACAACAACAGAUUUUUGCCCCGGGCCCCUCAGGAGGUGAAUCAUCAGUGUGAAAGAAACAUUCACAGGAACUGGAACCUGAACAAUUUGAACAUUUUGUCAAGACUCUGAAUCUCAUCAAAUAUGAUCAAAAUGUUUCAGUCAACGUUGGUCCAACACAUGAAUGUUUAUGAUGUGAAAACUCAUCAGUAUGAAGUGAAACGGUCAGUCUGAGUUGGUGAAUUGCUGAUGGACAUUAUUCAUCAAGUCUUAAUAAAAUUCUUUCAUUCAUCAAAAGUUGUACAAAUUUGAAAUGGCUGCAUUUAUACUGUGUUCACAUGAUAAAGUGUGUGUGUGUGUGUGUGUGUGUGUGUGUGUGUGUGUGUGUGUGUGUAUGGUGAUACAUAAAUAGCCUCUUACCACUCAGGUGAAGCCUCACUUUGGUCGGCUGCAGAUAAGACUGAUCCUGAUCAUCUCUGUUCUUCCUACUCAGCUUGUUCUCUGUCAAAUUUGUUUACGAUCUGAUUU